GAGGAGGGAGGCGGCGGGGCCGCGGCUGUCGCGACAGGAGGAGGCGGCGGCGGCGAUGAGGACGGCGCCGCUGCUGCGGCUCUGCGCCCGCCCGGGCCCGAGCUACCGGCAGGGGCAGCGGCCCGAGCCCGGAGUCCGCGAGUAUUUCUAUUACCUGGACCUGCACGGGCGGCUCUUCCUGGACGACGCCAAAGUGAAAAACUUCAGCACCUGCUACCGAGACGUCGCCUUCCUGUCGUCGUUCUUCGGCCGCCUGCAGCCGAACCGCAGCGGGCGCUUCGAGGCGCGCUUCCCCUUCCUGUGGCGCUGCGGCGGCGAGCGCAACUUCCUGCGCUGCGCCGACGUGCCCGCCGUGUUCACCGAGCUGCUGCCCGCCGAGGCGGUGCCCACCGACAUGGCGCCCAUCGUGAGGCCGCCCAUCGCGGUGGCGCCCAUCGUGGGGCCGCCCACCAACGUGGCGCCCACUGCGGGGCAGCCCAUCGAGGUGGCGCCCAUCGUGGGGCCGCCCACCGACAUGGCGCCCACUGUGGGGCAGCCCAUCGAGUUGGCGCCCAAUGUGGGGCAGCCCAUCGAGGUGGCGCCCAACGUGGGGCCGCCCACCGAGGUGGCGCCCAUCGUAGGGCAGCCCACCGAGGCGGUGCCCACCGACCCGCAGCCCGGCGCCCGCCUGGCCCUGUGCGGCGCCGGCGCGGCGCUGGCCGUGCCCUUCGAGCCGGCGGCGCUGGCGCUGCUGCCCGAGAGCGGGCGGCUCUAUCACCCGGCGCCCGCGCGGCUCGGCGGCGCCGGGCUGCUGCGCUCGGCGCUGGCGCAGGAGCUGAGCGCCGGCCUGGCCUUCGGCGACGGGCCCGAGGAGCCGCCGACGCACCUGAGGUGGAGGGGACGGGAGAUCCGGCUGAGCCGCGGAGGAGAGGUGCUGGCGGCCGUGAGGGCGGAGAGGGCCAGGGUGGAGGCGGCCAGGAGGCGGGAGGAGGAGGAGGGAGUGUUGAAAUAGGUCAAAAAUUCAUCGGUUAUAUCAUUAAAUCUAGUGUGGAUUCAUGAAGGAGUUGGGUUUGGGUUAAUGUUAAAAAAAACGCCACAAAGAAACAAAAUAUCCCCAAAA